GGUCACGGGUGGGAGGUGCGUCAGCGGCUUCAGCUCCGAUGUUGGGGACAGCCAGAGCGCCCGACGGUGAUGUACGCUUUCCAGCUUGAGGGAGGAUCAUGGUUGCCACCUGUUUACACCUCACUGGAUUUGUGGCUAGCUUUGUCGGCUGGAUUGGCAUGAUCGUGGCAACGUCCACCAAUGACUGGGUCGUGACUUGUGGCUACACCAUCACCACUUGCAGAAAGAUGGACGAGCUGGGAUCCAAAGGGCUGUGGGCGGACUGCGUCAUGGCCACGGGCCUGUAUCACUGCAAGCCGCUGGUGGACAUCCUCAUAUUGCCAGGGUAUGUCCAGGCAUGCCGGGCUCUGAUGAUUGCUGCCUCAGUUUUGGGGCUUCCGGCUGUUUUCCUUCUGGUGACUGUUCUGCCUUGCAUCCGGAUGGGCCAGGAACCUGGAGUAGCCAAGUACCGGCGUUCCCAGUUAGGAGGAAUCCUGCUGAUACUCUUGGCUCUGUGCGGCGUUGUGGCUACGAUCUGGUUCCCCGUGAGUGCUCAUCGUGAAACCAUGAUCAUGAGCUUUGGAUAUUCCCUCUACACAGGCUGGAUUGGAUCUGCUCUGUGCCUCUUUGGUGGGAGCAUCAUUGUCUGCUGUUCAGGUGAUGCUCAGUCCUUUGGUGAGAACCGUUUCUACUACGCCUCUGGAUCCAGCUCUCCAACCCAUGCUAAAAGCGCCCAUGUAUAAAUCCUUCGAAGACUUCCUGCACCUUCAUCAAAUGUUUUGAAACAGGUGGAUGGGUUUUCUUUGUGUUCUGGGUGUUGCGAUUGCUUGCAUCUUCGUACACAAGUUGACCACAUCCCGUGGAGAAGAUUUUUAAAAACAGCCUGAUAUUCUUAAAGCAAUAAACACCACCUUGUUUGCCUUAACAGAAACCUGUAAUAAAAAAUAGACCAGGUCAGCCCCUAUACAUGUCCCACCAUCCAGGCUCAUGUACUCUGUUAAAAUAGUAAGUCUUUCCUCUCUCUCCUGCCCUCCCCCAAUCUAGGUAGGGAGUUAACAACAAAUACACACCUGCAUUGUCUGAAUUACAAGUUAUUUCUCAGAAUAAGUUACCAUUUCCUUCCUCUCCCCACCACUGAAAUCCAAGGUCAUCUGUUUUUGCAAAGUCACAACAACUAAAAUGAGAGGAAGAUGCUGUACUUUUCCAUCUGCACAAAUGUUUUCUUUUUCUUGAGAUUAGGGGCUAAUCUCUUUGCUUUCUCUGUAAAAGUUUUUAAGGAAUUUCAUCUCUUUAGUAACAAUGUUUUUGUCUAAAUGCAUCAGUAUGAAGGAGACAAAAUGAAACAUUUCUGAUUACAAGGUAAAUAACAGAAUACUUGUACAUAGCCUUAAAAAUAUAUGCUCAAUGGGGCUAAUCCCCACAACCUCCUCACCCCUUUUGUACAGGUUUGUUGCUAAAUGUACUUUAUUUUUAUUUUUUACUUUGUUCCAAUUAAUUUGUAUUCUGACAUGCACUAUUGAAGUGGAACUUACCUAAAAUUUUUACUAUAAUCUAUCAGUUGCCAAUUCAGUAAAAAUCCAAUGAAUACUGAUGAUGCUUUUGGUCUUUAAGUGAAAUAUUGUACAAUAUAC